UCUAAUAUUUCUACCUUCGCCCACCUUAAAAAUAAAUAAUAAAUAAAAAAACCAGUGUAACACUGUCACUUCAUCCCCUUUCUAAUAUAUCAGCCAACAACAAAAAAUAACGCUUAGACUACUGCACACCAUUUCUCUGUUGAACAAACUUUGUCUCAUUUCUCCUCCUUUUUCAAAACCCUUCAUUUUCUGGCAUGAAAAAUGUAUAAUUUUUCAAACACAAUGUUGGGUUUUUCUCGCGUGUUUAAGCACCCGAGUUUGUCAACAAUGCUGCUGUUUUUUGUUCUGUUUCAUACUCUUUGCUCCAUUACUACUUCUUCAGAUCUGAACUCCGACCGUAACGCCUUACUCGCGUUACGCGCCGCCGUGGGUGGCCGUACUUUAUUGUGGAACACUUCUAACCCUACUCCCUGCAACUGGGCUGGUGUUCAAUGUGAGAACGACAGGGUAACCGUUCUUCGGUUACCGGCGUCGUCACUUUUCGGUAAGCUUCCGACGAACACCAUUUCUAACCUCACGCGCCUCCGUACAAUCAGUCUCCGUUUUAACAAACUCUCGGGCCCCCUCCCUUCUGAUAUUUCUCAACUUGUUGAGCUCCGUAAUCUUUACCUUCAAGAUAACUCAUUUACUGGUUCUGUUCCUGAUUCCCUUUUUAAUCUCCACUUACUGGUUAGGUUAAAUCUUGCAAAAAACAAUUUCUCUGGUGAAAUACCACCUGGGUUUAAUAAUUUAACCCGUUUGAGGACACUUUUGCUUGAAAAUAACCAGUUUUCUGGCUCUGUUCCUGAGUUAAACCUUCCAAAACUCGAGCAGUUUAAUGUAUCUGCUAAUAGCUUAAAUGGUUCUAUUCCAAAAAGUCUUGAAAAAAUGCCUGCUGAUGCAUUUGCUGGAAAUUCACUAUGCGGGAAGCCACUGGAUAUUUGCCCUAGAGAUGGUGGGACCCAGCCAGCUAUAGCUACUGGUGGGAUUGAAAUUGGGAACGGGAAUGGGAAUAAGAAGAAGAAGUUAUCUGGUGGUGCAAUUGCUGGAAUUGUUGUUGGAUCUGUGGUGGGGUUCCUAUUGUUGUUGUUGAUUUUGUUUGUGUUGUGUAGAAAGAGGACUGGUAACAAUGCUAGGUCUGUUGAUGUGGGUACAUAUAAGCCUCAAGAAACUGAAGUUUCUGGGGAGAAGUCUAAUGUGGAUGCUGAAAAUGGCGGUGUAAAUAACAAUGGGUAUUCAGUAGCAGCAGCUGCUGCUGCUGCAAUGACGGCUACCGGAAAAGGAGGAGAGAGUGGUGGUGGAAAUGUGGUUAAAAAGCUAAUCUUUUUCGGGAACAGUGCGAGAGUGUUUGAUUUGGAGGAUUUGUUGAGAGCUUCUGCUGAGGUUUUAGGGAAGGGGACGUUUGGAACAGCUUAUAAGGCGGUUUUGGAGAUGGGAACAGUUGUAGCUGUUAAAAGAUUGAAGGAUGUGACUAUAUCUGAGAUGGAGUUUAGGGAGAAAAUCGAUACGGUUGGAGCAAUGAAUCAUGAGAAUUUGGUGCCACUUAGAGCUUAUUAUUACAGCAGGGAGGAGAAACUUCUUGUCUAUGAUUAUAUGCCAAUGGGAAGCUUGUCUGCACUUCUUCAUGGAAACAAGGGAGCUGGUAGGACACCUUUGAAUUGGGAAGUCAGGUCAGCGAUUGCCCUUGGUACUGCUCGGGGCAUUGAAUACCUACACUCUCAAGGUUCAAGUGUCUCCCAUGGGAAUAUUAAAUCAUCCAAUGUUCUUCUCACCAAAUCAUAUGAUGCACGAGUCUCAGAUUUUGGCCUAGCUCAGCUGGUUGGACCUCCAACUUCUCCCACUCGAGUUGCUGGAUAUCGUGCUCCCGAGGUAACUGACCCACGCAGAGUUUCCCAAAAGGCAGAUGUAUACAGCUUUGGGGUAUUGCUAUUGGAGCUUCUUACCGGGAAGGCACCGACUCAUGCCAUCCUGAACGAGGAAGGUGUUGACUUGCCAAGAUGGGUGCAGUCCAUCGUCCGAGAGCAAUGGACUUCAGAAGUUUUUGAUCUCGAACUCCUCAGGUACCAGAGUGUUGAGGAAGAGAUGGUGCAACUCUUGCAGCUCGCAAUAGAUUGUGCGGCUCAAUAUCCCGACCACAGACCAUCGAUGUCCGAGGUAUGUGAGCGGAUUGAAGAGCUUCGUCGCUCAAGCUUGAGUGUUACUCAAGAACAACCUGAUCUUGUCAAUGAAUCUGAAUGAGGUGGUCCUUAGUCCUUUAUUACAUGUGCAGUACUUGAACUAAAGAAGCACCAAUUUACAGAACCCCAUUUGAGCAUAUUAAACUUUUCUUGUUGUCUGUUGGUUAGGGAGGCGUCUUCUUUCAUUUAAAGUUAACAAUUUUAUGCCCCUUUUUCCCAGAUCUCCAUUGUAGUAGAGCCCUUCUUAUUUUCCUUUGUUUGGGUCUAUUCUCUGUACCAUUUAUUCUUGUUGGGUGGAUAAUGGUUGGUGUAAUUAUUAAUUUCAGCCUUUACUUUUACUUUUGCUUUA